AUGUGGGAGCGCGCGGCGUUGGCGUGCGCGGCUCUGUGCGCGUGCGCGGGAGCCUGGCCCGGCGGGGCCGUGUGCGUGCGGCGCGUGGCGGGGGCGAGCGGCGCCUACGUGGCCUUCCUGAGCGGCGGCGGCGGCAGCAGCCCCGGGGCCGGCCCGACCGCUCUGGUGGAGAGCACCUGGGCCGGGCGCGGCCGACUCCGCGCCUGCUGGGCCCGCCGCGACCCGCUCCUGGCUCGCGCCUUCCGCGCCGCCUGCGCACGCCACCCGCCCGCCCCACCCAGUGCCGCGCUGCGGCGGGACCUGGCCAUGCUCUGGCGGCGCCGCGCCGCCUGCGCCGAUCCCGCGCCGCCGGCAAAGCGCCGCCGGCGGGGCUGGACGCUGCUCGGCACACUGUGGUGCGGACUCGGUGACUCGGCAGGGAACACCAGCGAGCUGGGUCUCUUCCGUGACCCCGACCGGUGCUGCCGGGAGCACGACCUGUGCUCGACGCAGAUCGCGGCGUUGCAGUUCAAUUACGGCAUCCGCAACUACUGGCUGCACACCGUCUCGCACUGCGACUGCGACGCCAGGUUCCGGCGGUGCCUGCUGGCCCUCAACGACACCGUCUCCAACCUCAUCGGCAUCACCUUCUUCGACCUGUUGGAGGUGCCGUGCUUCGUGCUGGAGGACAGCGAGGAGUGCGUCCAGUGGCACUGGUGGGGAGGGUGUGCGCAGUACGCUGUAGUGCCCCUGGCCAGGAUGGUGCAGCAGAGUCAGUACCAGUCCCGCCUGCCUGCGGAGGAGACGGGCAGCCCUGCGGGGCAGCCUCCGGCCAAGGGAAGGAAGGCCUCUAGAGCAGGGCGCAAGCGGCUCCGGCAGGGACCGGAGCAAAGCCCUAGGCUCCGACAGCCACAGAGACCUGUGACAGCCCCGCAGCUGCAGGGCCCACGCACCUUGUCCCCUGCACCCACAGGGGACACGGCCGAGCCUGCAGCCACCGGGCACCCAGCAGCAGGCAGAGCCUGCAGGCGCUACAAGCGUCUGGAUAAGUGCGAGCACCAGGUCGCUCCUCAGGAGGUGAAGUACCAGCUGCACAACGUGGGCUCCCAGACCUUCUUCCACUGCAACUGCACUCGCCGGCUGGCACGGUUCCUGCACAGGGCCAGGGACAUUAGUGAGGCAGAGGUGGCCAUUCUGGCUGACCGCAUCGCCAUGGACUGCUUUGACCUGGAGCCACCCACCGGCUGCGGCCUGGGGAAAGGGUCACAGCACAGCUGUGUGGCAGUACCCCGAGCUGUCCCAGUCCCUGCACGGCACCUCCAAAAGAUCCUGAGGCACUGGAUUCCUCUGCAUGGCACCUCCAAGGCCAAGCACCCAGACUGGAAGACACAGCACAGGGGAGGCACCGUCUACGAGCAAUGCCUGCAGCUGGCCAUGGAGCAGAGGCUGGGUACUUGGCACCAGGGGGUGCCCUGA